CUCUUCGCAUCUGGACAGGUGUUGGAGGGUUCGACACAGGCUUUAGUCACUCGGUUGUACUUCCGCACAUCGUUGGUUUGUAAUCCGCUCUCUUGUUCACUUCUCAAAAGUCUCGUCUUCCUUUCGACAACGAUCAUCUGUUUUCCAAUGAGUACAUUCUGCACAGUUCCUUCUUCUUGAAAUUCAUCAUCUUUCAUCGUUUUCACAUUCACCACGGCUGGACGGGCUCUAACAAGGCUUUUGAGCUCAUCUUUUCGUUCAUCAAAACUCAUACCAUAUGAGUGUAACACUAUACUUGAACAGAUUAUUAUCUGCUCACUAUCCGGAUCAACUCGUACAGUUUGGCAGGAGCGAAUAACAAAAGGUGCGAUAAGGGACAGUCUGUGA